CACCGGCGUUUUACUCGGUAGCAGAAGGUCGUCAGCAGCUGGGCGGAAUUUGUCAAAAAAGAACCAGGUGAAAACCAGAUGAGCGAACCAGACUUCGCUGCAGGUUUUGCGCCGCGGACACACGGCGAUGUGAGUGUAAGCGAAGGCGGAAAAGAUCAGUGACGCGGCCUGACGUCGCGUUUUGUCGGGCUGUUAUGAAACCACGCUAGCCGCCGUUAGCCGCAGACCAACCACCGUUCGUAGCCGGGGCUCGGCUCGCAGCUCUGAGAAGCGGCCGGUGACGCGGGCGGUCGGUGCCGUUAGCCGCGCUGACGUAAGAGAGUUUUCGGAACCGGAACUUUGACUCGCGGCGUCCUCUAAGCGGCGCGUUGGACCCGACGUUCCCGGAGCUCGGCUUCACAGAUCCAGGAUCGUCCGAGCGGAGAGUGGCUGGUUUUGAUGGCAGCCACAGCCGGUGCCCGGAGGUUACCCAUGGGUGUGCGGACGUUCAGUGACUUCCUCCAGAUCGCCACCGUGGGCUCCCCUCGCUCCUGUCGUUCGGCUUUGCAGCGAGGAUGCCUGAGACAGAACAUCAGACACCUGUCAUCCUGUGGCAUUUUGAUGACGAGAAGUCCCAAGGUGCUUUGCCUUCAAGAGGGGGACACGAUGGCCGCUGCUCCCCAGAGCAGGAACUUCAUCAGCCUCACCAACAAAAGGAAGGAGUACUCAGAGCGUCGAAUACUUGGUUAUUCCAUGCAGGAAAUGUAUGAAGUGGUGGCCAACGUGGACGACUACAAGCACUUUGUGCCUUGGUGCACGAAGUCCCAGACCAUCAUGAGAAGGGCGGGACACGCGAAGGCCCAGCUGGAAGUGGGAUUCCCUCCUGUGGUGGAGAGAUACACGUCCAUGAUCACCAAUGUUAGGCCUCAUUUAGUCAAAGCCGUGUGCACAGAUGGAAAGCUGUUCAAUCACUUGGAGACAAUAUGGCGCUUUAGUCCUGGCAUUCCCGGCUACCCUCGCACCUGCACUGUAGACUUUUCUAUAUCCUUUGAGUUCCGGUCCCUGCUCCACUCCCAGCUGGCCACCAUGUUCUUCGACGAGGUGGUGAAGCAGAACGUGGCCGCCUUCGAGCGGCGAGCCUGCAAGAUCUACGGCCCAGAGACGCGGAUCCCACGGGAGCUGAUGUUUCACGAGGUGCACCAGACGUGAUCUCCGCGGCCGCACGUCUUCAUCUGGCCUUAAAAACCCCACACCCACGUUCAUCCCCGUCGCACACUCGGACCUGCAUGACCCAACCGGCUCGCCCCCCCCUCCCCUCCACCAAAUUCGAUCUCCACUGCUGUAUAGACAUCACAGCGACAAUGGACCCUAACUCCUUAUGUCGGAAGUUCUGCCUCAAGUUUUCUCUCAUUCCCCCCUCCUUCGGUCUGUCUGCUGUCCGUCUACCUCCAGUUUAGUUCUUGUUGAGCAGAACCCACCAUUGCACUAGCUCCACGGCAGUGACAACUGUGUUUAUGUUAACUAAACAGUAAAUCAUUACACAACAUCGACUUUUAAUUUAAAAACCACGCCCCUUUCUAUGGUUUUACCGAGGCAACCGGACGCGGCAUGAAAACAUCAGCCGUCAGCCGAUCUCACUAUAUUAAAGCGCAUUGUUAGCCUUUUACCAAUUUCAAUAUAUUCAUCUGAAAGAAGUGCAAUGGCUUCAAGUUAUUCUUUGUUUUUAAUUUAUUUUGCAGUAGAUAUUUGAGAACACUUGUUUUUGUUCCGGGCUUAUUAAAGGUGCCAUGUUUUGGGGGGACAUCACGUGUUGUUGCUGUUACAGUGUUAUAAAAAGUAAUCUGCUUCAUUAGUAGCCGACUGCAGUCUCAAUCGAUCGGGGGGGGAAAAUGGCUUUAAACCUAGCUGCUGUGCUGUGCUGUGAGGAUUGUAUCAUAACUUGGCCUCGUUAUUUUAUAUUAUGCCUUAUUUAAAGGUCCAGCUGUAGAAAACACCAGCUCAGGUUGGUGGGAGCCAAAAUCUUUGCACAGAUUACCUGAACGGCGUCAUGGAACAUGCUGUAGUCUAUUAAAAGCGCUAACGAGAUAAAAAAAAAAGCUAAUUUUCUAAGAUCAAAAUGCAACUAUAUUUGCCAAAUUUUAUUUUAUCAAAUCAUAUAAAAAGUGACAGGAUGGGAAAUUAAAAUGCUAUUAAACAUAAUCACGUCUUAAGGUGCUUUUUUUUUUUUUAAACACAAAUAAAUUGAAGUAAAAUGAUGCUAAAAAUAAGAAUGUUUCACACACAGCAAACGUAGUGUCCCUCGUUAGUCAAUUGUAUUCUGUCCAUCUUCUGGAAAUGAUUAGGACCAUGAUAUGAAACGUGCUGGUGAGCUGUAGAAUAAAAUGCUGCAAAACUUU